UGUGUGUGUUUUGUUGUUCGGCAAGGUGUUAGCGUUGCUGUGUUGAAAAAUAGUUAAGUAAAGUUAUUAUUAAAAAACAACCGUGAGAGUAGCUGAAUUGAAACUCGAAAUUUUACGCAACCAUUCAGCUGAUUGGAAGUGUCAGUGCCAAUUAUUAAUUAGAAAUAUAUUGCCCGUGUUAUGUGAAGCUGUCAACGAUUGGUUUGUUAAAUAGUUUACGUAACCAUUUGAGGGAAAUAGAAAAGACGCAUCGAUGUUAAUGCCGCGGUAUUCCGAGCAGGAAAGCCACAGCGAGAAAAGUUUUGCUGGUAAGCACAACCACGCCUCCACCACAGUGGCCGCCCAUACAAAAAUGCGUUUAAUUAGCAAAGUGGAGCACAAUAUGCGCCAACAGCAGCAACAACAACAGCAAAAGCAACAAAAUCAAAAUCAAAAUCAAAGCAUCAACAAGCUAAUCAAUACGGCUGCCUCGGGCAAUGGGCUGGUGGGCGAUGUGGACGAGCUAUUGACACCAAUGCGUAUCAAAAGUGAUCCCAUGUCCAAUGGCAAUGGCAGUGGCAAUGGCGGUAAAGAGACGUCCACUAGACCGGAGCGCAACCUGUGGAGUCGCGUUGAGAUGCUCGAGAUGCUGAACAUAAUGCAGGAGAUGAAUGCCCUGGACCAGCUCAGCGAUCGGAAUGUGAAGAGCGAGCAUGUGUUUCGCCAAAUCGAGGAGGCGAUGCGCAGGAAGGGCCUUGUGAAAAAGUCAAGUAUUCAGAUCUGGACCAAAUGGAAGUUCCUCAAGUCCACAUACAACACAACAACGCGGCACGGCAAUGGCAUACCCAAGGUCGUGCCGGAGGAGGUGUACCGCGUGCUUUGCCGCAUGCUGCGCGAGCAUGCGAAUGCAAACAGCAUUGGCAGUGGCAUCAGUAGUGAGUGUGGUAACUCCAGAGACAGCUCCAAUGCGGAGCUGGCCAAGGCAGUGAUCAAGAAUACCGAGGUCAAGGAGGAGCUGGGCGUGGAACAUCCCAUAUUUGGCUUUCGCUUGGGUCUAAUCAAGCCGGAACCCCUGGAUACGGGUUACGAGACAAUGCCUAUUGAUCAUCAUCCCAACUCGAGCGAGGAGGACCUGAAAAACGAGGACUAUGUACGAGCGCACGACCAAACGCAGGCCCUGGAGCACAUGCCCUUCACGGUCAAUGUGAAACACGAGCCCGAAAUGGAUUUGGGCAUGGAUAGCACCAAUACACCGCCGCCAACGGCACCGACGUCGCCCUCGCCACCGCCAAGCAGCAUGGAACAAAGAGACCUGGACGAUUCGUCCACGAUGUAUCCGAGCAAGUCGCAGUCCUUAUCCCUGCCGCCGCUGCGCGUUGCCGCCUUUGCAAACGAUGCACAGCCAAUUGUCGCAUCCACGCCCACACAUGGCAUACUCCAGAUCGAACGACCUGUCUCACAGCUCACCAAGCCUGCCGUGAACGGUGGUCCCGGCCGGGGCAAUCGCAGCAUGGCCUUAAAUAGCACCAGCAGCAUUAAUUUCGUGCAUCCCAAUACCAAAUUGAUGCUGCCCCGUAAACAGCCACCGCUGCGCAUUCCCCGUGAGAUCAGUGUGCAGCCGGCGAACGUACGUGCGCUGAAACCCGUACCUGUGCGCGACACGGGAUACAUGCUGCGUCCAGAUCGCAUGAUACCUGAUCUGGAACAGUCCAUAUCGCCGCCACAAUCACCAUCGCCGCCCAUGCCCAGCCAGCCUAUGCCGAAAUAUUCCAUUCCAUAUGCCUCGACGAGCAGGCAGGCGCAGCUGCUCACUGAACAGCAAACGCCUCCUCGAAAGCGGCGUCUUCAAUUUGGUCAGCAAUCGUCACCUGUGCCCAUCAAGCUGCAGCGCAGCUCCACACUCUACGAGAGCCCCAAUCAGCAAAGCAGCAUUCACAAUGAAGAUGCUGUCGCCGCGGAAGAACAGAGAAGUCGAAUACUCGCUGAACAGGCACAGCGUCGCAAGGAACAACAGGAUGAGCUAUUCCAGAAGGAGCUUAGCCAUCUGGCCACUGCAAUGCGGGAGGCACAGAAAGAGAUGCUCCAUAAUUUCUUCCAGCAGCAAAAGCAGUUUGCACGCCGCGAGCAUCAGUUCCAGCUGAAGCAGGAUAAUUUGGUCAUGAGUGCUCUGCGUAAACAAACGGACGUACUGCUUCGGGCAGCCAAGCAGCUGAUUCCGUGUGAGCAGGACGAGGUAGAGGAGGUGGCAAAAAGUAAACCAUCCGCUAAAGCCAAGGUCCAGCAGCAGAAGGACACGUCGAGUAGCUGUCUCUCACUGAAACCUGAUACUGAGCUGCCACAGGACAUUCAAAAGCUUGAGGAAGAAGAGACGGAGGAUGAGGGGGACAAAGAAGAUGAAGAGCUGGAGCAAUACGAAGAGGAAACGCAGGAGAGUGAAGAAUGCAAUGAGACCGAAGCUGUUGUGGAAUCGUCUGUUAACACAGUCAGCGAAUUAUCCUCCAAUCAAAGCAGAAGCUCGAUCGACGCACAAAUAUGUUAAUAUAUAUAUUAAUAUAUUCUAGUAUAUCAAGUAUUAUCACAAAAAUAGAGAACUAUAAUAUUGUCAUUCCUAAUGUCCAAAACCAGAAACAUUUCCAAUCACAUUCCUUAAUUUUUGAAAAGAAAAAAAAAAAAACAUUUAGGCAUAUAUAUAUAGAUUAUAUAUAUACAUAUUCCUAGAGCAAAGCCCACAUUGUUAAAAGACUUGAUUAUAUUUAAGCAUUGUUUGUGCUAUUAAAUCUAUUGAAACAUCAAAAUAUAUUAAUACAUAGUGAUAUUUAAGCAAUAUCGAAAUCGAAGCAGA